AUGUCGGCAGCUUUCGAUCCUACGAUGGUUAACCUCGACGAGGCUAAUCUGAAAGACAUAAUCUGUUACUUGAACAAGGGGGAGAUUGAAUACGAUGGUCGGAUGGGAGCUCGCAUCUCGGCUCUGUUUGUUAUCCUUGUGAUUUCGUCUUCAGCAACUUUCUUCCCGGUCAUUGCUGCCAGAGUUCGAUGGGUCCGAAUCAACAUCUUUGUUUACCUGUUCGCCCGAUAUUUCGGUGCAGGAGUCAUCGUUGCGACAGCUUUCAUCCACCUUCUCGAUCCAGCAUAUUCAGCGAUUGGCCCCGACACAUGUGUAGGCAUGACAGGCAAUUGGGCUGAGUACUCCUGGUGUCCAGCCAUCGUCCUGACGUCCAUCACCGUCAUAUUUCUCAUGGAUUUUGGCGCAGAGCAAUAUGUCGAGCGCAAAUACGGGUUCGCUCAUGGCCCCGCCAUCGAGCAGAUCAUUACCGAGCAGCCCAAUUCAGAUGCAGAAGGAGCACAUACUCACGCCGCCCUAUCUGGAUCUAUUACCCACAACCAACUGCAUUCUGGCGACCAAGAUCAGGCUUUCCACAACCGGAUGUCAAAGGCUGAGAACAUGGAAGACCGUCUCAAGACAGACCGUUCCAAGACGGAAUCCAGUGAUUCGGAGAUGGCCCUCUCUACACUAUCCCCCGCUGAAAUCGAGGAGCGCUCUUUCCGUCAGCAGAUCGCUGCCUUCCUCAUCCUCGAAUUUGGAGUCAUCUUCCACUCCGUGAUCAUCGGUCUGAACCUCGGUACCGCAGGCGAGGAGUUCACCACUCUCUACCCUGUCCUCGUCUUCCACCAGUCCUUCGAAGGUCUCGGAAUAGGUGCCCGAAUGUCAGCUAUCCCGUUCCCUAAGCGGUUGUCCUGGCUUCCUUGGUUUCUGUGCUCAUGCUACGGUCUCACCACACCGAUUGCUAUCGCAAUCGGUCUGGGACUGCGCAACACGUAUGUCUCCGGCAGCUUCACAGCGAGCGUGAUCAGUGGUGUGCUGGAUGCCGUCUCAGCUGGUAUUCUGAUAUACACUGGUACGGUGGAGCUGCUUGCUCGCGACUUCCUGUUCAACCCUGACUUGACGAAGAGCCCGAGAAGGUUGACGUUUAUGAUGGGCAGCGUACUAUUGGGUAUGCUUAUGAUGUCUCUUCUCGGUAAGUGGGCUUAG